AUGGCACGAGCAAGACCGUUCCCCUCCAGCAAGACCCUCACAGGUUCAGACGAUGCGGUCUUUGACAGUGUGAACGUAGAAGAUGAUGUCGUUGUCAAUACCCCCAACAGUAUCGCGCCAGGAUUAACUUUGCGACGGUUCACCACCGCAGGGAGAGAUGCAUUGAGCCAUGUGAAAAGAGGAACGGUCAUUUUCAAUACCGACACAAACCGGGUGGAAGUGUGGACGGGAACGUUAUGGUGGUCGGCCGCGGGGAAAAUCGUAAAAGAUAUCUUGGCCACUGCACCCAUCACGCAAGUGUUUGAUGAGCCCAACGAAACCACUACAGUCGGGCUGGCGUUCGACGAAUUGACAUUAAAAGUGGAUGAAGAUACUGGAGAAUUGUACGCGGAUUUCGACGGGUUAGUGAAAGGCGUCACCGCACAGGAUCCUCUGGAAGCUCAAAGGACAGGAGACAACAUUGACCUGUCACUCAACAUUGACGAGUUGACAUUGAAAGUGGAUGAUACUACAAAAGUGUUGUAUGCUGAUUUUGACGGUCUGGUUAAACAGGUGUCAAGCAGCACACCUCUCGAAACCCAGAGGACAGGUGACAACAUUGCAAUAUCACUCAACAUUGACGAUGAUACAUUGAAAGUCGAUGAUGCGACCAACGAACUGUAUGCGGAUUUUGGCGGUCUGGUCAAAGGUGUCACAGCCAACCCCCCUCUCGAUGCUGUACGUGCAGGGGACACCAUCGAUAUCUCGCUCGACACGGACCCAGCCACGUUGUUCGUGGAUAUCAACAACCAGUUAACGGUGGUUCGCACAGCCAACGCAUUGGACCCACCUUUACAGUAUUAUGAGACUACACCAGGCGAGAGUUCAACCACCCAUGUACGGUUGAGGUCAAAGACCCCAUUCAAAGUGGACCAAGAACAGUUGGCUCUAGAUCUCCACAAAUCGCUCAAGGUGAACGAUGACGGAAAAUUGGAAACCAACAUCACCAAUAUUUUGAAACCCCUUGGGGCCCUGCGUAGCACAUCCGGUUUAACGGAACUGUCCGCCCUGUUGCCAGGCGAUUUGUUGGAUUUGGGAUUCUCCACCCUGACCGAUUUGUUUACGUUUCUGGGUGACACUGACAUUACGGUUCUCCGGUUGAUGGCUUCCAAUGAUUUCACGCAAACGAAUGGUCAACUCGAAAUGAAAACACACGGGAAUGGGCGUAUUCCUUACUUUGGGGUGUUUAACGGUCUACAGUCACGGCCUAAUUUCACCUACAACGAAACGUUUAACCGUCUGGAUUUGGACGACGUGCAAUUGGCCUCGAGGUUCAGCUUUUCCCCAAGCCAAGACAAUUAUGCGGUCACCAAAGGCUUUCUGGCUCAGUUCAUCCAAGCCAAGCAAGCUGGCGGCAUUGACGUUUCGGCUGAAGUCAAUGGUCGCCGUGAACUGAGUGUGAGGUGUGCUGCAUCGCUACAGAUAGACAGUAACAAUAAUGUUGCUGUUAACCCAUCCCCUCUCGUGGACGGCAGCACCAUUCGCAUCGUUGAAGACAAGAUUGCGUCAGGGUUGAAUUUUCAGCCCAUCAACGGGUUACAAGUCCGGUCAGGCACGAAUAAUGACAUUCAAUUGGCUCUCCAAGUGGAGGGCGCUCUCGAAAUGGUAGAGGUGAAUAAAAUUCGAGACACACGGACGUUUACGAGGGGCUUGUUUGAAAAUAGCGAUCACGAAGUGCUGUUAGACCUAUAUGCUGAAGGCGGGCUUGUCAUAGAGACCAACAGCGACACGGUCACUGUCAAAGACAUUCUUACCGCAAGCAACGGUGUCACGCGUGUAGAGAAUGAGUUUCGAGGGGCAUAUUCAGGUUCUGAUGGCGUGGCCGUGGACGGAGAUACGAUCAAAGGAGUCUAUACCGGGUCUAACGGUGUCACUGUCAACGGGGGAAAUAUUGAAGGCUCCUAUACGGGGACCAAUGGUGUCACUGUCAGUGGGAGCAGUAUCCAAGGAGCCUACACAGGAUCCAGCGGUGUGUCUGUUGUGGGUAGCAAUAUUCAGGGGUCGUACACCGGUACAAACGGAAUUACUGUUUUGGGGGGUGUGAUUCAGGGCUACAUCCCCGGGCCAGGUAUCACCAUCACUGGGAAUGUGAUUUCUGCCACAGGCGUCAAAACAGCGGACGAUGACGACACGGAAGAAAACAACGAUGAGGAUGUGACCGAGCAAGCCGACGGGUCUAGCAACACGGUCAGUGUGUCUGGCCCUGCUGCGGCAGUGGCACCGAUUUCUGGUGGGUUACUGGGGCCUGUCUCACCAGCGCCAGGCACUGGUCUGGUUCCAGCAUUGUUCGGGCCGGCAGUGGCGGCCGCCGGCUGGAUCGCGGUCUUUGGAUAUGCCCAUCGGCGUAAACAAGAAGAAGAUGAAAACGGUGCACCUGUUGUAGAUGGGGAGGGGAAUCCUGUAUGGGAAACUGAUGGAGAUGGUAACUAUGUGCUGGUUCCCAACUCUCAAGUAGUUAUCGCAGCUUCAGAUUAUGGCGAUGACACGGGGGGUUGUACGCGGUUAUUGUUUGACACACCACCCUGCGCAUCCACGAAUCUGGAUUUGAUAGAAGCAGAGCAAGCUGUGAAUUUCGAUUACUUGCGUCGUUACGUCUCCACCAAAUUCCCUGGACUGGUCACGCCGUAUUUGCAAGCCACAACGACCGCAUUAACCAAUUAUGUGGAUACAGGAUUGGCCACGAAACAGCCUACGGGCGACUAUGCCACAAACACAGCGUUGACGAGUGGUCUAGCCGGAAAACAACCCCUCCAUGUCAACUUGACCAGCUUGAGUAACACCGCCCCUUCUCUGGAUGUGAAUACAUUCACAUUGGGGGGCACCCCGUUGAACAGUCAACGUACGUUUCUGGUGAAAAAUAAAUCGACAGGCACUGGCGCGUCAUCCUUUAUUGGUUUUGAAAAUGAUACGGCUCUUGGUUCGUAUUUGCUUUUCAACUCGUCUACCAACACGAGCGGUGUUGGGGCGAAUGGUUUACGACUGCGAAACGAUGCCGGAAAAAUUCAAAUCCAAUCGAAAGGCGGAAAAGGCCUGACCAUUGCAGAAACCACCGGCAACAUGACGUUAGAUGGGAAUAUACAAUCCACCCAGUUGUUAGCAAUCAGUGCAACCAACUCAUACGCAGAAGUUGCAUUGGGGGAUGGAACCAACAUGGCCACCUUGUUCAAGAACGGUUCCGCUCGUUCUGCGGAUGGUGGGGUGAACACCCUGACCCUGCGCAAUGAUACGGGUACCACACGAGUGCAAGCUACAGGUGGUAAAGGUAUGACGAUUGCGCCUACCACUGGAAACGCCACAUUUGACGGAACCAUAGCUGCUACGGGAACCGCUUCUGCAGAAGGGGGUAAACAACUCGCCACACGAGAAUAUGUGGAUACUGGUCUCGCGACGAAACAGGCUGUUGGUGAUUAUGCAACCAACACCGCCCUAACCAACGGGUUAGCGACUCGCCAACCUCUCAACACCAAUUUAACAGGCUUGAGUGGUGCAACACCUACGCUGACAGGUGACUUGACGGUGACUGGCACAGUCACAGCUGAAGGCAGCAAACAAGUGGCUACCCAGGAAUACGUGGAUCUGGCUGGGGAUGGGGUUAUCGUCACAUUGAAUCCAGAUUACCCUCUUCCGUUAGCUACGAGACAGUAUGUGGAUGUGGCUGUAGCCACCAAACAAGAUGCUGGUGACUACGCCACAAACUCGGCAUUGACGAACGGUUUAGCUACGAAACAAGAUGCUGGGGAUUAUGCCACAAACACGGCGCUGGCCAACGGGUUAGCGACGAAACAACCUACGGGGGACUAUGCCACCAACUCUGCAUUGACAAGUGGGCUAGCCGGUAAACAACCGCUCAACACCAAUCUCACCAACCUGAGUGGGGCUACACCUACACUACCUAAACUGGAAGUUGGUGCUGGGGAUACAUCAACAUUCUAUGGCGACGUUGCGUUUUACGGGCAGGUUCUGCUCGACGGUACAGAUCCUCUAGUUGGAACUGACUAUGUGGUUACAGCGCUAGCCACGAAACAACCACUUAACACCAACCUGACCAGUCUGAGUGGGGCGAAUCCUUCAUUACCUAAACUGGAUGUGGGUAGUGGAUCGACAUCACGGUUCUAUGGCGAUGUAGAGUUUUAUGGGCAGAUGCUUCAGGACGGGGUGGACCCGUUGGUUGCGUUAAGUUAUGUGGAUAGCAGCCUAGCUGGAAAACAACCACUUAACACCAACUUGACGGCGUUGAGCAGCACAACACCUACCUUGGAUGUGAAUUUCUAUACAUUGGGGAGCACCUCGGUGAACGGCCAACGCACGUUUUUGGUUAAAAACAAAUCAAACGGUACAUCUGCGACAACGUUUAUCGGGUUUGAAAAUGAUACGGCUAUUGGAGCAUAUUUGUUAUUUAACUCGUCUACCAACACGGGUGGGGCUGGGACCAACGGUUUAAUGCUUCAAAAUGGUGCCGGAAAAAUUAAAAUCCAAUCUAAAGGUGGAAAAGGACUGACCAUUGCAGAAACCACCGGUGCCACAGUAUUCGAUGGAAAUACACAAGUCAUCAGCGCAAGCAACUCGUACGCUGAAGUUGCAUUGGGAGAUGGAACCAAUUUCGCCACCUUGUUCAAAAACGGUUCCGCUCGCUCGGCGGAUGGUGGAGUGAAUACCUUGACCCUGCGCAAUGAUACUGGAAAUACACGCAUUCAAGCUACAGGUGCUAAGGGGCUCACCAUUGCAGCUACUACUGGAAAUAUAUCGUUGGAUAGCACCACAGCCUCUACAUCCACAUCUACAGGAGCUUUUGUGGUUCCGGGCGGUGUGGGCGUAGGUGGAGCUCUAUAUGCUGGUGGUAAUUUGUACAUGAGUGGAACCAACAUCGUGGCGACUCAGGCGUGGGUGAAUAGUGUUAAUAGCGGAAAAAUCGUCAAACGUGUGAUAGGGGCCACAGACACAACGAAUGGCAGCGGAUUGUUUGUUAACUCAUCAAGCAGCGUCUUUUUCGCCGUACCUACAACGGGUUUAUACACGAUGACAUUCAAAUGGCUUGCGGUUGGCACGGCUACGGGGUAUAUCACUGCGCACCUCGCCAUUACAUCGUCGAGCGCUGGGGCUUCAGAUCCUACGUGUGUUUAUUCAGCUGUGAGCCCAGAUUAUUAUCGAUCGUUUGUAAACGGAAGUUUUCAACAUCUCGAGUUCAGUGAAUCAGCCAAACUGGAUAGUACCACAACAUAUAAUGUCAAACUCGUAGUAAGCGGCACCAACACCUGUGCAAAAUCAUCCGCUGACACAAAUUACGAGCAUAUUAUAGAAGUGACACGCUGUUAUUAUGAUGAUAGGGAAUUGUAA